UCGGAUGACGCGGAAACCGGAAAGAGCGAGAGCCCCGAUCGCCAUCAGCAGAUGGGGGCAUCACAUUCGAGCACGCUAGGUGGCAGUAAUGCAUCUCGAACCGUCAACAAACGAGAAGAAAAAGAUUUACACGAAGCAAUGUCAACAAUGUAAGAAGAAGAAGAGGAAGAGGAAGGAGGAGGACAAGAAGAUGGCGGCAGCCGCAGCGAUGAGGAAGGUCGUCCCCCUCGGCCGCCACGCGCCGGUCAUACUCCGGAAUUCCUUCUGCUCCGGGGCCUCCGCGGACGACGACGACGACAAGCCAAAGUCGGGCUUCGCCGCCGCCUUUAGCGCUCAGUCAGAGAUCCGUCGCCGCGAAGCCUCGGUCGGCGGUUCGUCGUCGUCGUCGUCGAGCCGCGAAGAGGACGCCACGUUCCCGGCUCUCCUCCGUCGGAGCCCGCUCGUCCAGAUGGGCCCCGGCAAAGACAAGACGGUGGUCGGGAGGAUCUUCCACGUCGUCCGCGACGACCUGUACGUCGACUUCGGAGCCAAGUUCCACGCCGUGUGUCGGCGUCCGGCGGACGGGGAGAAGCUGCAGCGGGGCGUCAGGGUUCGCCUGAGGCUGCACGACGCCGAGCUCACCGGACGCUUCCUGGGGGCCGACACCGACGUCACCCUGCUGGAGGCCCACGCCACCCUGCUCGGACCUGUGGACGUCGGGAGAGACGGGCCGAGCCGCUCCUCCUGAACUCAAUGGCGUUGGCGUGUGUAUACUUUUGGACACAAUAAAACGACAAAUUACAACCGC